GUCUUUUUUUUUUUUUUAUCAAUUCAAAUUGGAUAUACUGUAUGAAUGAUUUAUAUCAAGUUCAAGUCGCAAAAUCCCUUGCUUAUUCCAAUAGAGUCCUUAUAUCUUUGGAAACUAUGCAAGAAAGACAGAUUUAUACUGGAGACCUAGUCAUUAUACGACCAGAAAAAGAUACUAAUAGGAUCAUUGUCAACUCUGCUUGGCCAAGCCUUUCUUUGGAAAAACAAGUGGUACAACUACAUGCAACAGCAAGAUUGACUUGCCAACUUGGACUUGGUGAUUUCGUGACAUUGGAAAAAUUUUCUGGAUCUCAACUCACAGCGUCUAUGAUCACUGUCAAACCUUCUGUAUCUCCUGAUUAUCCUGUUAAUAACUCUCUGAACAACUUUCUUUGUCAAACACUAGUUGGUCUUGCAUAUAUCGUACCUGGACAAAUCAUUGAUGUUUCAUACUAUGGGCGAUUGCGACGAUUCACUUUGCAUACCACUCAUGAAGUACCUCAAAAAGAUGACAAUCCCCACCCUUCUAUAGUGUAUCAAGUUACACAGAACACCAAAAUCAAACUAGAUAUAUUACCUAACACAAUAGCCAAACCAUCAGUAACGACAACGAACAAGAAACUAUCAUACGAUCAAAUUGGAGGCCUUUCAGAAGAAAUCAAUACUGUGCGAGAAAUGGUGGAAACUACCUUAUUAAAACCUGAAGUCUUUAUUGAAUAUGGAUUGAAACCUCCACGUGGGGUUUUAUUAUAUGGACCUCCAGGCACUGGGAAAACACUGAUUGCGCGUGCUGUGGCUCAUGAAGCUGGUGCUCAUAGUAUUAUCAUCAAUGGACCCGAAAUCAUUAGCAAAUAUUAUGGUGAAACAGAACAAAAGUUACGAAAUAUAUUUGAAGAAGCAAAUCAGUGUGCACCAGCCGUGAUAUUUAUUGACGAAAUUGACGCCUUAUGUCCCAAACGUGAUGAAGCUCCAAGUGAAUUGGAAAAGCGGGUGGUGACAACAUUGCUUACAUUAAUGGAUGGAGCAGUGAGUUCAGAUAAAGAAACUCAAUCAAAUCGGAUAGUGGUUCUUGGAGCAACCAAUAGACCAAAUGCUUUGGAUGAUGCAUUACGUAGACCCGGAAGAUUUGAUCGAGAAGUGGAAAUCGGUAUACCAAAUAGUGAUGCUAGACUGUCGAUAUUAUUGGCCAUUCUGAAUUCUAUACCCAACUCAUUAUCAAAUAAGGAAUUGGAAACAAUUGCUAAUCAAUCUCAUGGUUAUGUUGGAGCUGAUUUGGCUGCUGUUUGUCGUGAAGCUGGUCUCAAAUGUAUCAAACGAUGUAUCCAUCUUGGCAUUCAAGAUUCUUCAAAAUUAGUUGUCAAUAUGGAUGAUAUGAAAGAAGCCAUUAGUGAAAUACGACCAAGUGCUAUGCGAGAGAUACUUCUUGAGGUGCCUAAAGUAUACUGGAAUGAUGUCGGUGGUCAAGAUAAUAUCAAACAGCGACUGAAAGAAUCAGUGGAAUGGCCAUUGCAGCAUCCUGAAGCAUUUUCUAGACUUGGCAUUCGGCCUCCUAAAGGUAUAUUACUGUACGGACCACCUGGUUGUAGCAAGACAUUAAUGGCUAAAGCACUCGCAACAGAAGCCGGAUCAAACUUUAUUGCUGUCAAAGGCCCUGAAUUGUUUAGCAAAUGGGUUGGUGAAUCUGAAAAGGCGGUUCGUGAAGUAUUUAGAAAAGCAAGAGCAGCAUCACCUUCCAUAGUAUUUUUUGAUGAAAUUGACGCACUUGCAGUGAAACGAGGAUCAUCAGGUGAUGGUGGGACAUCAGUUGCUGAUCGUGUACUAUCACAGUUAUUGAAUGAACUAGAUGGGAUUGAACCUUUGGUGAACGUUACGGUGGUAGCUGCUACAAAUCGACCAGAUAUCAUUGAUGAUGCGCUAUUACGACCUGGGCGGAUUGAUAGAAUUCUCUAUGUGGGACCUCCUGAUCUAGCGUCUCGACGGGAGAUCUUCAAGAUCCAGAUGCGGAAAAUGACAUGCGAUCAAGAUGUAGAUUUGGAGGAACUUGCAAUCAUGAGCGAUGGAUGCUCUGGUGCAGAAGCAGUAGCAAUUUGUCAAGAUGCUGCGUUAUAUGCAAUGGAAGAAGAUAUGCAAAUUGACUCGAUCAAACGACGACAUUUUAUCAAGGCAUUAUCAUCAUUUACCAGACGAAUUACAGAAGAAAUGAUACAAUUCUAUGCGGAUUUCCAAGCGAAGUCAGGACUACAAAGCAUUUAGAUUAGUAUUAGUCAUAUAUUUAGGUUAGAACUGACCCUCCUUAUCCUUUCAGAUUAGUUUGAACCAGUGGCAGAUGAUUAUUAUUAUUAUUAUUAUUUAGAUUCUGUACAUUUAUACAAAGAAUAAAUAAAGUGAUGGAUG